CUGCUGUGAUCCGGUCCGGAGCAAUAGGAGUUUGCAGAAGUAGCGGAUUUAAAAACUUUCUGUCUGCAUUUCUGUUCGUCGAAAUAGCACUUGAUGAAGACUCCCUGACUAUGAAAAGGGAUAAUAUGGCUUUUUAAACCUCGACCGUCUUCCUCCUCACCAUAAAGCUCCGCGUGCUUUGCUCUCGCGACGCACUCCAAGACUAUUCUGAAACUAUGGGGUCUUCAGGUGUUUCCACAAUUAUUUCAUCCACCCAUUGCAUGGUUUUCGCUUUUGAACAAUUUAAUCGAGGCAGAAGACACAAUGGCGGCAUCGAUCCUUCGCAGGAAUAUUCCUCCCAUUUCCACAAGCGAGCUUGGCGCUCCCCCUCUCCGACAGGCUAGCCAUAGCCAAUCACGUCCAAGGAAGGGGGCGGAGCCAGCGGAGAGGCAGAACUUAAUUGGUGAUGGCCACUCAGAUUGGAUGACGGAAAAAGUUGAUUUGUCUUCAUUUGUGUCGACGACCGAGUCUUCUCCCAGCUCAUCCCUUCCACCCUCGCCGUUAGAACAAGAUGUCAAGGUGCCCUCGGAUCUGGAGGUCAUGACCUCUCUACUGCAGGAGGAGCUGGCUCAGCUGGAGGACUACUUCCGCUCCGAGACCACAACCACAACAAACAAGUUGGAGAAAUCCUCAAAAUGUGACAAGGGUGCUCAAGCCAUGGGCUCCCAGUCUUAUUAUCAGUUACCCUACAGCUCGUAUGGGACCAGCCAAUCAGAAACCAGCCCUGUGGUUGUUACCUUGGCAACAGGGGAACUGGACCUGGGCAGCUUCUGUGGCGGUCCAAUCGCCAGAACCAAAAUUGCACGACCUGCUCCGUACAACUACCACCACCGCUACCACCACAAUAACGGGCGGCGGAUCAUCAGCGAGGCAGUGAAGGUCGGGGAGGAAGUAGGACUCGAUACGUGGGGCUCAAGGGGAAGUUACUCAGGAAGCGCGGAGUUGUCUGUGAACCACUACUCCACGCUGAAGACAGUGAGCAAGAACAGCUUCAGCAGCGUCAAGAAGGUGAGAGAAUGUGCUUUAUCGUUGAAGGAAGAGGAAAGUUAUUGUUUUUCCGAGGGAAUGUUUUGCAGCGAGGAGAUCGCUCGAGGGUUUUGUCUGGGCGGCUCGUACGACAGCCACCACAAGCGCGAAGGACAGUUGAUGCACAAUGUGAAGGUCAAUGUAAGUUACGACAGCACGGGGCUGGAGGUCUUGCACUGCGGUAAAGAUGGAGGACUUUCCGGGGGGAUUCCCCAAGAGACAAUGGUGGCCGGAGACGGAUACUUCCACCAGUCCAUGGCCAGCACGGAGCCUUACCAUAGCUUUAUAGGGGACCUCGACCAGCCGUCACAGCCUCAGGCUGUGGAGCCCCAACAUGGCCACUACCUCUAUCCAGAAUGCCUUGCAGACCAAAGCUACGAAUGUCUGUCCAGAGGGGAGGGCGAGGGGACGCUGAUGGGUGCCCCCAUCCACCGCCCCACCCAGAGGCUAAAGGAUGAGCACUGCUCCAUGAAGCCGGCUCUGGUGAUGGGCAGCGUUCCUGUGGAAGGCGUCCCCGGAGAGAGGAAGCAGAAGAAGAGAGACCAGAACAAAACUGCUGCUCACAGGUACAGGCUGCGUAAGAGGGCGGAGCUGGACUGUCUGGAGGAGGAGCUGCACGGCCUCGAGGGGCAGAACCGGGAGCUUCGUGACAAGGCGGAGUCGGUGGAGAGAGAAAUCCAGUACGUCAAAGAUUUACUCAUCGAGGUCUACAAGGCUCGCAGUCAGCGGCUCAAAACAGACGGCAGUGCCUGAAAAAAAUGAAUAAAAGAAAUGCCCACACUGACCUCCGCUUCCAGAACUCCCCAAAAACCAGCACCAAGAGAAAAAUCAAGUCAAGACUGGCUUUUUCGUCUCACAGGAAUGAAAUGGUAGUUGCAUGAUUUUGAUAGAUCUUUUCUAAACAACAACAUAAAAAAUAUGUUUGAAGAGGAUGACCCAAAAAAAAAA